AUGAAAAAUCGUUUCACAUUAGUCGACGUCAUUGCGGCGGUCAGCGAACUUAAAAAUCUGAUCGGAAUGCGUGUGAAUAAUGUUUAUGACAUUGACAACAAAACCUAUCUCCUGAAAUUGAGUCGAACUGAUGAGAAAGCGGUGAUUUUAUUUGAAUCCGGUGUCAAAUUACACCAAACUUUUCACGAUCGACCCAAAUCGCAGACACCUUCGUCAUUUUCGAUGAAAUUGAGGAAACAUAUCAAUCAGAAACGGUGAGAUUUUGUUGGAAAUGAGGGAGUGCAAUUUGUAUGGUUUUCGAAAUAAAAUUCGUCAUGUUCAACCUAGAAAGUAUUAUUUCUGACCUGAAAUGAAUAAUGAUGAAUUAUUUUUAGCAGGAAUCCAAGGUUUUUUACCUAAAUUUCGUGAUGUUCAUGAUUUUCACACAAACAUUUCUUGUUCAAAAAAUUUCACUGUUUCAAAAUUGUUUCAUAAAAAAAUUGCAUUUGUGUUUUCUGAUAUGCAUUUAUUUUGUUGCACAAAAUCCCAAAAAACUCAAAUGUAAUUUGAAAUUUGAAAAUAAAAUAUUAAUUUGCAUAGGUUCAUUAUAAUUUUCUCUCAAAAAAAAACCCAUAUAUUUCCAGGUUGACUGAUAUAAAAGUGAUUGGAUUCGAUCGUUUGGUCGAGCUCACAUUUGGCUCCGAAGAUCGAAUCAACAAAUUAAUCAUCGAAUUAUACGAUCGUGGAAAUGUAAUUCUAACCGAUGGCGAUUACACAAUUCUAAAUAUUCUUCGAGUUCGAACAGACAAAGAUACAUCAGUCAAAUUUGCUGUCAAAGAAAAAUACACAUAUUCUGCAUCGAAUUUGUCACAAGAAAAUAUUCAAAAUCAGAAAGAGAAUAGUAUAAAUGAGCAGGAUUUCGAUGAGAUUUUGGGUCGAAUUCCGGAAGGAAAAACUGAGCAAUUGGUGAAGAUUAUUGCGCCAUUGACGAAAUGCGGAAAUCCGGUGACAAAAGAGAUUUUAGCGAGGUGUGGAUUGAAAGCCGAUUUGAGAGUUGAGCGAAAUUCGGAGACUGAGAAGGUUAGGAUUUUUGAGUGUAAAUUUGGUCGAGGGUUGAAAAAUUCGAGAUUUCGCACACCGCUUAAAAAAUUUUGAAACAGUACAAAAACGUUUAACAAAAAUUUCAACUUUUUGAUGAAAAUGCAGAUUUGGCUCAACAAUUUUAAACUGAAUCAAUAUUUCUCAACCUAUUUUUUCAGGAAAUCCGCUCAAAAUUGUCAGAAAUCCAAAAAAUCACCACCGAAAUCUGGAAUCAAGUCGAAAAUCGCCCAUUGGGUCAAAUCACCUACACCGAAGAAAAAUCAAUAGCAAAUGGAACAAUCUGUGAGGUAUAUCAGGAUUUCAAUCCAAUUCUGAUCAAUAAUUUGCCGAACGCUCAAAAAUUCAAAGAAUUUCCAACAUUUUGCGAAGCUGUUGAUGAAUUUUUCGUGCGAAUUGAGACGCAAAAAUUGGAGCAAAAAUCGUUGAAUAUUGAAAAACAGGCACUGAAAAAACUGGAAAAUGUGGAAAAAGAUCAAAAAGAACGAAUUGAUGCGCUUGUUUUGGCGCAAGAACAAAGGGAAAAAAUGGCCGAUAGGAUUAUUGUGAAUAAUGUAAGUGUGAGAUUUUGGGGUGAAGAUUUUGGGAAACUAUCGGAGACCAGUCAGAAUGCUUUGAUUUCAUUUUAUUUUUGUUAUACCAGAGCUAUUACUUCUUUCAAAAACCAUAAAAAAUAUAAUCAUACGAACAUUUUAUGAAAACGAGAACAAAUUUCUAUAUAACUCCGAAGUUUUAGCGUUUUUUUGAAACAGUAAAUUUUUGGGUGAACAACAUUUUUGGAAGCACUUCCAAACUUGUUUGAUACCUAAUAAAUUAAUUUUCAAUAUAAAAAUCUGAAAUAAAUUUCAGGAAAAAAAUCGGGAUUUUCAAGACAAAAAGUUUCGAAACAUCACUCUAAUUAACUAAUUUAUUGACCAACUUUUCAAAUAAUUACUUUAACUCAUUAAUAAGUUAAAUCAUGAAAUUAAUUUGCAGGAUCUAGUAGAGCGUGCCCUUCUCCUUAUUCGAACAGCAUUGGCCAAUCAAUUUUCAUGGGUGACAAUUGAAGAAAUGCGAAAAAAAGCGGCUGCAAAUGGUGAUCCAACAGCCAGUGCUAUUUUGGAACUAAAAUUUGAAAAUAAUGAAUUUAUUAUGGGAUUGGGUGAUCCGUAUGAUGAGGAUGAAGAAAUGUGAGAUUUUUUUUGUAAUUUAAAUUUAUUUGCCUUUGAAAUCUUGAAUUUUCAGCGCCGAAAAGUUAACUAAAAUCGAUUUUUUCUCACUUUUCUGAAAAUUUACAAAAAUUCCAUCUUUUUGGUCCUAAAAACCCCCAAUUCCGCUAAUUUUUUCAGUCUAAAAGUUCCAAUCGACAUCGCCCUCAACGCGGCAAAAAACGCUCAAAAAUAUUUUGUCGACAAAAAAUCGGCUGCGGAAAAAGUGAAGAAAACCGUCGCCUCAUCCGGAAAAGCGAUAAAAAAUGCGCAAGAAAAAGCAAAAAUCACACUGGAUCAUGUGAAAAUUGUGCAAGAGGUCAAAAAAACUCGCAAAAUUAUGUGGUUCGAAAAAUUCCGAUGGUUCAUUUCAUCUGAAGGAUAUAUUGUUGUGGCUGGAAGAGAAGCACAACAAAAUGAGUUGCUUGUCAAAAAGUGAGCCGUUUUUUGAGGGAGGGUCCUGAGAGGUAAUUUUGAAAAUUUGGGUACUGUAGGUCUCAAAUUUUCUAUAUAAAAAAUUAACUGUUCCAAAAUUGUUAUGUUAGAAAUUUUGAAUUUAUAAAAUACGCUAGUUUUGUUGGUUUUAAAAUUUAUUUAUUUAAAAAAAAUUUACUGUUUCAAAUUUUUAAAGGUGGAGUCCGAGCAAAAAAUAAGUUUUGCUAAUUUGAAAGAGCAUGUUGCAAUUAGUACAAUCCUCGAAGGAUUUUUUCUGAAAGCUUCUCUAACAUUAGAGAAACACAGCUCCAAACGGUUGGAGAUAUGGACUUUCAAGCCAUUUUACACGGUUUAAAAAAUCCGUGUAAAAUGGCUUGAAAGGUUUUGUUUGCAAUGACUUUCUGUUUAUUUCCAUAGAUAGAUAAAAAGUCCUAUUCUAAAACGAUAUUUAUCUAAAUUAUUACUAGUAAUUUUGAGCCCAUCAAAACUUUUUAACUUCGAUUUUUUAAUCAAAAUAAAUAAAUUUUUUAUCCCAAGGCUACAAAUACCAAAAAACUCCCAAUUUCUCCUAACCUCUCCAUUUUUCCAGAUAUCUCCGUGCUGGUGAUAUUUACAUGCAUGCAGAUGUUCGCGGAGCCUCAUCCGUCAUCAUCCGAAAUCACAAAUCCACCUCCGAAAUCCCGCCAAAAACCCUAACUGAAGCGGCUCAAAUGGCAGUUUGUUAUUCAAAUGCUUGGGAAGCGAAUAUUUCGGCAAGUGCCUGGUGGGUUCAUCAUCAUCAAGUUAGCCGAACUGCACCAACAGGAGAAUAUUUGCCAGCUGGAAGUUUUAUGAUUCGUGGAAAGAAGAAUUUUAUGCCUCCUAGUCAAUUGGUGAUGGGUUUGGGUUAGUGAUUUUGGGACCACUUUUGAGGGUGGAAAUUUUGAGUACAAAAUUGCACACUGAGCAUUUUUUGAUUUUGAAAAUUAAACAAAUAUUUUACUCGAGCAGCAAUUCCAAUAAUUAUUUUCAAAAUUAAAAAUUAUUUCGAAACGUAUAUUUUCCAUGAAAGAAAAUCUUUGAAAAAAUUUUGAAAUAGCAAAGUUUGGCUUAAAAUUUCAUAGGUAAUCCGGAAUUUUGAAUCAAUAUAGAAAAAAUGUUAUUAAUUUCAAAAAGUUAACUGUUUCAAAAUUUUGGUAUCAGAAAUUUUUGUUGUUGAAAUAAUUUUGUUGGGGUCUUUACGAAACAAUGAGAAAUCUGAAAAUCCCAAGAAUUCAUAUUUUUGCUGAAUUUUGGGGCCAAAAUUAAAUUCCAAAUCGAAAAUUCAGAAGAAAUAAAUUUUCAUCAAGUUUUAUUAUGAAAAUAUUUAACUGUUUCAUAUUUUUAUAUCAGAAAAUUUGAAUUUUUCUGAUAAAAUGUUCUAGAAAUGAAUAUAAGUCUGAAAUUUUUGAAAAUUAAAAAAAAUAUAUCACUGUUUCACAUUUCACUAGUAGAAAUUUCAAAAAUUUCAGGUGUCCUUUUCCGAAUGGACGAUGAGAGUAUCGAAAGACAUCGAGAGGCAGAAAAAACAAUCGAAGAAGAGAGUGUGAAAAUUGAGGAGAGUCCAGAGAAGCUAGAAGAAGAAGAAGAGGAAUUUCCGGAUGUUGAAAUCAAAAUUGGAGAGGAAGAGGAAUUGACGAUGAUUGAAGUUGGACCGAAAGUUGUGGCUGGUCAGAACAAGAAUCAACAGAAUCAGCAGAAGAAUCCGAAAAAAGAGACGGCUCAAUAUUUGGAAGAGAAGGCAAAUGAGGAAUUGGCCAAUUUGGGGGUAAGUUUUUUGGGAAUGGGAUUUUUGAUUACUCUAGCUUUGUCAAGGCUAUUUUCACCUCAGGAUAAUAUUUUCAAAGAUUCAGAAUGCUCAUCUAGAACAUUUGAAACAGUAUUAUUUUUACAACUGUAAAUCCAUUUCUCUGUAAAACAAAAAAGGUGAAACAGUAUAUUGUUGGAAGAAAAAUCUGAAAGUUUGAAUUGUAAUCUUCUUUACAUAAAAAAAAGAAAAUCAAAAACGGGUGGUUUGGUCGGAUAAAGGGACAGCCAAUUGUUCGUUUUUUUCUUGGCGCGAUGAGACUACGGUAACACUAAAGUGGCGUGUGUUUUUUUUUCAUUUUUUGUUGUUUUCUUCCCUUUUUUGUCGCGGCUUUGGAGGUUUCGAUACGUAAGUCAAACUAAACUUUCUAUUUGAUAUAAUAAACUGUUCUUCUUCAGGCACCGCACUUGCAGCCACACGAAUAUGCACAAUACAAGAAAAAGAAGUGAGUUCUUCGCUUUCAAAAGACAAAAUACGCUAUAUUUGAGAAUUAUGCGCCUCUAUCAGUUUUAUUUUUAAAAAGUAAUUUUCUAGAAGUUUUGGGUUCAUAUUUUAUAAUUUUAUAAAAAGCUGAACAUCGAACGCUGAUAAGUUUUUUAGCGCGUCGCACAAUUCGUUCCAGCAUAGAAAUCUAAAACGAUAAAUAAUCGAGUGAAUUCUAAUUUCAAAAAAUCUAAAACGAUAAAUAAUCGAUUGAAUUCUAAUUUCAAAAAUUUCCCAGGUACCUGGGUUUUUUCUUUAAAAAAUCCUAGCUUCAUUUCUGAAGCUCAAAAUGUUUUAAAAUAAACAAAACCAAAAAAUAUAAAAAUAGGAUUAACCCAAUAGAACUGAAUUCACAUUUCAUUUGAAGUGUCAAUUUUGAAAAAUCUUUAAAUUUAUUAAUUAAAAAAUUGUGAGUUUCCAAUUAUUUUAGAACUCAAAAAAAUUGAAGAUGGCGGUUUUUCAAAAAAAAAAUUCAAGUUUCAACUUCAAGAAAAAUAGAAAAUUUUACGGCCAAGCUUUAAAAAAUCAUAUUAAUAAAAAUACUGGUAUUAAAGAAAGUUUUAUAUUCAAACUUCAAAGUAUAAGCAUGAAUUCAUGAUCCAGUUUAAAUAUUGAAAAACUCCCCAAAUCCGAAAUUGUAUGAUAUUUCUUUCUGCCCUCGCUGUUUUUUCAAAUUUAUUCAUUCCAAUAAUAUACAUUUUUCGACACAGUUUCAAACUAUUAUUGAACUAAACUCCAAAUUAUCAUACAUUAUCAUAAUUCAACAAUUUUCAGGUAUCGACAUCAACAAGGACAUCGACAAUGGGAACUUCAACUUAUUUGUGCUAUUAUUUUUUUGUUGUUUUAUUUUCUAUAA